AUGCAGCAACCUCCCGUAUCCGUAUUUGGAACGGGAGCUCGCCCAGUGACAUCUUUUUCUGUUUCAAUGCCAAAAGCCAAGCCUAUGAGAAACUCUAUUCUAGGCACGCCUUUGCUUGGAACAAAAAAUAACCUCAAGGCAAUACAAAACAGACCGCAAACAAGAUCUUCUCUCGGUGUGAAGUCAUGGAGAGCGAACCUAUUUCCAUCAAGCUCGCCAGCUUCUAAGCGUGAAGUUGAAUUACUUGGAGAAUGGUUAAAUUCUGUACUUGCAGAAAACCUCGAAACCAACGAAAACCCAUUAGAUGUUUGCACUAAUGCUCAGCACUGGUUUUCAGUUGCUUUCAAUGAAUUAUUACGCCAAGUUUCUGUUACAUGUGCUGAAAGAGGCAGAUUAUUCGCAGUCAUAUGGAAACGUAAUCAGGACUUGCUAUCCAAGCUAGUCCAGAUACAGAAACAAGAGCGUCAAUACAUUUUACAGUGUCAUAAGGAAAGAGUACAAUUCCUUAAAACAGAUUUAGAUUUUAGCAAAAGCAGAUUCGAAACAGUUCAGAAUGCUUAUAACGAAGAAAUGGGACGUUGGAAUGAAUCUCAUGAAAAAGAUUUAUCAAAAUUCGAUAAUUUACAGCAAAAAAUCGAUGAACAAGUUGCAUCUCGUAAUGCAUUACUUGCUGAGCUUAGAGACUUACAGCAGAAGCUUGGAAUCAAGCCUGCAAUGGAAAAUGACCCACAAUCAGAACCCGCUCCUAUUUUUAAGGCAGAAGAAAUGCGCGCGAAAAUGCAAGAUCUCAGAAAACGUAUCCGUACAAAGAAAAUUCCAAAUCUCGAAUUAGUAAAUAUAAUGGACGAAUUAGACGCACUUUUGAAGCAGCAAAAGCUUUCUGUUGCUGUCUCAGGUAUACGAGCAACAUACUCCGAAUUAUUCCUUUCUUUGCCAUCAAAUGCUCAGCCAAAAAAACAUGACCACGCUUGGCUUUCUGCUGCAAUCUCUUUUAUAUACUCAUACUAUCUUGCAGCUAUAGAAAGCAAUGGAGUCAAAGAAAUGGCACAAAUUCCUUUCCAUCACUUCAUUUACGAAACAUUCUUAAAUCUCUACGGUACAAGACCAGAAACUGAACAGACAAUAUUAGAUAUGUUUACUCUUGCUUACAGUUUACGCCAAGAAUCUUCUCGUGUUGAACUUUUUGUUAGAUUUAUCGGAUUAUCAGAACCUCUUGACAGUGAAGUCCUACAGUUCUAUCUUUACUGUCUUAGCCUUAUGAAUAAAGAGCAUAACGGACCUCUUUUCCCAGAAAAUGAAGGAGCUGACCAAGUUUUCAUUUCUCCGUUCCCGUCGAACUCGUUGAUCAAUGCUAGCGAUGUAGUUUUGCAGCGCUUUACAGAAGGAAGAACUCUCAAGUUCUAUACGGAGCGUAUUGCAAAGAUUACUCAAGAUGGAUCGAUAAGGUUCGGCCGCCAGAACGUCGCAGAGCUUGAUGCUGUUCUUGGCUAUCUUACAAAUGCAUAUAUCGAUGAAAGCGACAAAUACGAUGACAUGAUUAAUCAAUUUUUCGAUAAAGAAAAUAUUACGACAUUUACACAAUUCAAGACUGCAAUUUCGGCAUCAAGACAAGAGAUAUCUUCAGAGGAAUAUCCUAAAAUCAUGGCAGAAAUUCUUAAACGCGGUGAAAUUACAAAGAAUUUGUUCAAAGACAUGGUUAAGAACUACGGCUACUUUAAACAAUUCGUUAUUAAGACAGAAGAAUUUAAAGGCGUUCAAAGUACGGAUGAUAUUGUUCCAUUUGUUAAAAUGGAAAUGGAAUCUUGGGAGCCAAAGUUCCAGGAAGUCCUCAAAAAGCUCGAAGCGGCUACAGACGAAGUAUCUGCAAAACAACUCAGAGCUUCAAAAGCUAAACUCGAGCAAGUUCUUACAGGAAGAUCCAUUGGUAGAACAUCAAACCAGUUAAUGAGAGAAUUCUUUGAAAGAACGACACUCUCAUCUAUGACUAUGUAA